AUGGGACCUCAAAGAGUGAAGUCGAAAGCCGAUAUCGACAGCGAGACUCUAACAGAAAUCGCCCAAACGUGCAAUGUGCCCGAAGAGCAGAUCGAGGAUGUAUACAGCUGUACCCCUCUCCAAGUCCGACUCAUUGCAAGAGCCGAAGUCUUCCACUUAGCUCUUUCUUUUGGGCCUGGAGCCGAUAUUGAUCGGUUUUGCAAGUCUCUGACCCAAGUGGUCGCCGCGAACCCCAUUCUACGCACGCGGUUCGUCAAUACUCGACUAGGAAUACUGCAGGUUAUCACGAAUGAAGAACAUGUCACGCAAACCAACUCUGGGGACCUCGAUGCGUAUCUUGACGAUGAGAACGCACACAAACUAGGCCUGGGGGUACCUCUCUUCCGAUCUACCGUUUUCGGUAGGAAGUUUGUGGCCACGAUCCAUCAUGCAGUGAUGGAUUACUGGUCCGUGACUACCUUCUUCAAAGAAGAUGUAGUGGGCGCAUAUCAUGGCCAAUCGCCGAAAAAGCGACCUCCAUUUAAAGACUUCGUGGCGCAUGUCGCGAGCAUCGACGAGUCUGCGGCACAGACUUUCUGGGGUCCUCGCUUUAAAGGAGUUCCCUCUCUUUUUCCGACAGUGAGCCCCGGGUUUGCCCCCCAUGCGAAGCAGAUAGGGACGCGGAAAAUUGCACUGAAGGGAAUUGGCGAGGGGUUGUCUCCUUCCCAUCUAUCUUCGUUUGUCGCGGCAGCGUGGGCUUUGACGACGGGUGUUUAUACGGGCAGCGAGAAUGUUGCGUUCGGUCUUGUUUUGUCCGGUCGUUCAUCUGCUUUAAACGGCCUGGAAAACGCUCUAGGGCCCACAUUGGCUGAAGUGCCGGUACAGGUUCAGCUGCCGCGAAAUCUAACGGUCGAAAAGCUCAUCAAAGAUCGAGCUACGGCUUUGCGCCAACUGCAAACACAGCCUACCCUGCAAUAUGGCAUUCAGAGCAUCGGCGCCCUCAGCGAUGCAGCCCGUAUCGCUUCCGGAUUUCAGGCCUUGAUUAACAUUCGUCCACCGUUACCGAUCGCUGCAGAGGCGACAGAUGUCCAGUUUGAACGCUUGUUGUGGCCGCAGGGCUCCUUUAGCCUUGAACUGGUGUGCAGCCUCUAUGACGAUGGAAUCCUAGUUGAACCGAGGAACGAUCCUGCUGUUCUGGAUGAGCGCCAACUGGAUCGAGUUUUGAACCAAUUCGAGCACACAUUGCAAAUGCUCACGGAGGUUCCGUCGCAAACCAAACUGGGGCAACUACAGUUAUUGAAUCAACGCGACCGUGCAGAGAUUCUAAAGUGGAACAAAAGCAUUCCUGAUCCGGUCGAAAAGUGUGUUCACGACGUCUUUCGUGCUCAGGCUCGCGUGCGCCCAGAACAAGUCGCAGUGGAAGCUAGCGAUGGGAAGCUGAGCUAUGAAGAACUGGACAGAUUGUCGGAUCUCCUUGCGAAUGAUUUACGGAGAAGGGGUGUCACUACUAACAAGCCAGUGGCCCUAAUUUUCGAAAAAUCUCUCUGGGCUAUUGUUGCCGUGCUUGGGGUCCUCAAAGCGGGCGGAGCAUGCGUACAGAUCGAUAAAUAUGCUCUGUAUGACUACAGAGCCGCUAUCGUCUCUACAACGAACGUGAAAAUCGUCUUGACUUCGUCUGCAGAGUAUAGCAACUCCGCCAAUCUAGCACCGGAUGUUUUUGCCGUUAGCGAAGAAUUUAUGGCUGCACUUCCAGAGCAUAUUGGGCCGGUUGGUAAUAGGACGAGCUCACCAGAAGAUCUCGCCUAUAUCGUUUCUACGAGUGGAAGUGGCACAACGGCUCCGAAGGCAGUCACGGUUGAGCACCGCAAUCUUGCUUCGUCCUUGACCUCCCUCGCUGAACGUCUCGGCUUGCAGUCUGGGAACCGGGUGCUCCAAUUCGCUGCUCCAGUUUCCAAUACCAGUAUUGGCGAGAUAUUCGCGGCUCUCUUGUUCGGUGGAUGCCUUUGCAUACCGUCUGAGGCGGCGAGUGCAUCGAAUCUCCCUGGUUUCAUCCAGUCCAGCAAAGCCAACUGGGCAUUUCUACCUCCAGGAGUAAUCCGGACAAUGUCACCUGAUGAGUGCUCCUGUCUACAAUCACUAGUCUCUCUCGGCGAGCCCAUCGACGUUGAGACGGCUAGCGCCUGGAGCAAUGCAGUCCGCUUUUUCAACGGCUAUGGACUAUGCGAGGCGUCCUUCCUCAGCACCAUCGCAGAAUUCAAACCGAACUCCGAGAACCCAGAAAGCAUUGGCUUCCCAAUCGGCAGCGCCAUCUGGAUCGUAAAGCCGGGAAACCCCAACGAACUGACACCCAUCGGCGACGUUGGGGAACUCUGGAUCGAAUCGCCCUCCGUCGCCCGCGGCUACCUCAACGACGACCCCAGAACGUCCCCAUCCUUCAUCUCGCCACCUCUCUGGGCCUCAACCUACCAGCGAAACGCAACCCGCUUCUGUCGCACCGGCGAUCUGGCCAAAUACAAUUCGGACGGAAGCAUCACCUUCGUCGGCCGCCAAGACAACCAGGUCAAGCUUGGUGGACAGAAACUCCAGCUCGAGGAGCUGGAGAGUCUUCUGGCUCGCUGUACCCAUGUUCGGGAGAUCGUCACCUCCGCGAAGAUUUCGGCCGGUCGCACGCAACUAGUUGCAGUUGUGUGUUUGGCUGAUUCGCAAUUUCCGCGAACUGCCGUGCUCCAGGACCUACCGGAUACUGAGAAGGAUGCUGCGACUGAACGGUUGGGUCAAGUUCGAGACUACGCCAGGUCUAGGUUGCCGGUUGAGAGGGUGCCUACUAUUUGGUUGAUAGUGGAAAAGCUACCGAGAACUGUGUCGGGGAAAUUGGAUCGGGGGGCUAUAAGGGAGUGGUUGAAGGUCAAGGUGCAAUCUGUUGUGACGCCGCGAACGCCGAUGUUUUAGAAGAUAUUAGAGUGAUAACCUCAUAGAAGUGAAUAUAGUUUCGAGUAUCGAAGAUAUCUUCUUUAUGGUUACACUUGAAAUAAAGACUCCCAGAAGUACGACCUCCCCACAGCGAG